AUAGAGCCCAAAGUCAGCUCAGCGACAACUCAUUCGAACUCGAAGCUCACCAGAGAAGAAAGAGCUUCAAUUAUCAUUCCUCAUUCCUUCAUUGACGUCGAUUUAUCAUUUAACCCAGUUUUUAUCUUCUCCCAAGCUGUUCGAUUACGCAAUUUCAAUCGAUUCUUCAUCGCUCCUGGUUGAAAUAUCAACAAUUUUCUGAAUUUGGGGAACCCAAUUUCUACUUCGAUUAGCUAUCGGACGCUCUCUCGCUGAAUAGAGGAUGCUGGAUUUUAACGCCUUCACUAGGUAAUGAAGGGUUUUUCAUGGGAAGGGGGAAAGAUCUGAAUUCAACAUGCUCUUCUGAAAGUACAACUAAUGUUAUAGAUAGAACACAUCAAUCUGUUUGCCCAGAGUUAGGGUCUAAAAAUCACAUAUCCUCCAAAGCCUCCUUAUGGUCAGGCUUCUUUACAUCCACUUUCUCAAUCUUUGAACAUCACAAGGAGUCCUCUGUCAGUGAAAAGAAGGCAUUUCAUUCUCGACACAAUGUCUGGGCAACUGUAAGAAAGGUUAUGACUAGUGGCUCGAUGAGGAGAAUUCAGGAGCGCAUACUGGGUUCUCGCAGAAGUGGUGUCUAUAGCUCAGGUGGUGAUAUAUGGCUUCUUGGUGUGUGCCAUAAAAUUUCCCAAGAUCAGGCUCCUGAUGAUGCAGUAACUAGCACUGGCACAGCAGGAUAUGAGCUAGAUUUUUCAUCUCGAAUUCUGAUGACCUAUCGUAAAGGUUUUAAUGCUAUUCAAGACUCAAAAUACACCAGUGACGUUAACUGGGGUUGCAUGCUAAGAAGCAGCCAAAUGCUUGUUGCUCAGGCAUUACUUUUUCAUAGAUUAGGAAGAUCUUGGAGAAAGACUUCACAGAAGCCAUUGGAUAAAGAAUAUGUUGAAAUUUUGCACCUUUUUGGUGACUCGGAGACAUCGGCAUUUUCAAUCCAUAAUCUUCUUCAGGCAGGAAGGGCCUAUGACCUUGCUGCUGGGUCAUGGGUGGGACCAUAUGCCAUGUGUAGGUCAUGGGAGACUCUAGUCCGCUUAAAAAGGGAGACCCCUAAUCUCCAAGAACAGCAACUUCCAAUGGCCAUUUACAUUGUUUCUGGAGAUGAAGAUGGAGAGAGAGGUGGUGCUCCAGUUUUAUGCAUUGAUGAUGCCUCAAGACAUUGUUUUGAGUUUUCAAAAGGCCAGCUUGAUUGGAGCCCCAUUCUUUUAUUAGUUCCUUUGGUUCUUGGACUUGAAAAAAUCAAUCCAAGGUACAUCCCAUCAUUGCGAACAACAUUUACCUUUCCCCAGAGCCUGGGGAUCUUGGGAGGGAAGCCUGGUGCUUCAACAUACAUAGUGGGGGUCCAAGAUGAAAAUGCCUUUUACCUUGAUCCACAUGAUGUUCAGCAGGUAGUUAAUAUCGAUAAGGAUGACCUAGAGGCUGAUACUUCCUCUUAUCACUGCAAUGUCAUUCGUCAUAUCCCCUUAGAAUCCAUAGAUCCUUCUCUAGCAAUUGGAUUUUAUUGUCGAGACAAAGAUGAUUUCGACAACUUCUGUUAUCGGGCAUCAAAAUUGGCAGACGAGUCGGAUGGAGCUCCAUUAUUUACAGUUGCUGAAACACAUUCCACAAAUUCAGGGAGACAUGGCAGUGCAUUGAAUGACCGUAGUAGGUUAGUGGAGGACGAUACCGAUGGCGUGGUGCACAUGCCGAAUGAAGAGGCACAUGAGGAUGACUGGCAAUUUCUUUGAUGAAAAUAGAACCACUUUCGGAAUCUAGGGAAGGGAGGGUUGGUAGCCUUCCUUGAUUACUUCUGCUUUAGGCUUCCAAGUUCCCUUGAUAGGGAGUGAUGCCCAAUUUGUCAAAUGUUUUAGUUUAUUUAGUGUUAUUUGUGCAAUAGGCGUUGAGUUUAUUUGUUGAAUUUGUUUAUUCUUGGUCCACUUUCACGUGAUAUUAGCUUACAUUCGUGUGUAUAAUGAGCAGGUUCAAUUCAAAUUCAUAAAUGAAUUAUUAAUGCUCCGACUCUUCCACAGAAA